GACGCCUGUCCAUUAGCACAUGCGCACAUAACUCAUGACUGCUGUGGUAUGAGAUACGCGUGUACCGAGAGGCUGGCCUGGUGCUAGACCCUGCAACAGGUGCGAUCCGUUGUUAACGCGAUGUCUAUCCCUGGUCCUUCUAUAUCCGACGAGGCCAAAUAGGUGACAAGGCUCCGACGUUGUGCUCAAUCAUCGUACAUUUCAGACUCUCUUCCGAAGUGCUCGACAUCAUGAAAACGUGCCCCCGAUCAUGACUUCUGCGAACAAGGCCCUUGGUGUCAUAGGUUGACCAAACAUAGCGAUCAUAUUACUCUUCUUUGUUACUUUCGCCCCGAGUCAAAUUAUGAGGUGAUGGUAUCGCGUUUAUUCGAACUCGAUAACUGGAACCGUGACGCUGGUGAAGGUUAUGGUAAGACCUAGAGAAGGCACUAUCAACAAUUUGAAAAAAUACAUGAUGACAGCAUUCAUUCAAGAACGUACCAAAGGAACCGAAAGCUGUAAGAGGUAUCGCGUCACAAUCACCAAAUUCUUGUUGUCAUCCGCCACGGCGUCACUGUCGCUGAGAGAAAACACCGCGGCGUGGUUGCUACAUUCGUCAUCGAUCUUGCUGUGCAAAUAAACUGAUAAGAGAUCGGAAGUCGUAAGUAGCCGUUAAUCGUAUCAGAGCAGAGCCUUUUGUAUUGCGACAUCGGUGUCGCUGAGAAAGAAAAAGACACUGAGGUUUCACUGUAUCCAAAUCGCAAAGUACAGUAACAUGGCAGCCUCAGUCAGACCAACCACACAGUAUUUCGGUAGUGACUUUGUCAUUUCUGCCGGUUCCAUCUUAUUCAGGAAGGCAUCAGAAACGGGUCACAUCCAGAUAUGCAUCUUAUGGCAACGCCGAAAACACGAAUGGCUCCUUCCCAAAGGACGCAAGGAUCGUGGAGAGUCGAUAGAGGUAGCAGCAGUACGAGAGACAUUCGAAGAGACAGGUUAUCCGUGCGAGAUCCUCCCUUGCAAUAUGCCUACUCGGGCGCCUGUCGCACAUGUUGACGCGACUGACGUGGUGAGGAUUGCAGAUGAUGCGAUAGAGCCAUUCGCUGUUACCGUGAGAGACCUUGGGAGAAAGGGUGUGAAGUUCAUCUGGUGGUAUCUGACGCGUGUGAUUGGCGAGAAGAGGGAAGGAACGCAGAUGGCGUCUGAGGCGUUUGAUUCGUAUUUCUUUGAUGCUGAGGAAGCAAUAGCGAAAUUGACAUUUCAGAAAGAUCGGGAUGUGGUAUCAAAGGCGUUGGGUCUCGUUCGUGAUAGCGGAACCAAUUUGUAGAUGGGACUUCUGGUGUGAAUCAGAACAUGAUGCUGUACCCGAACCAGUUAGUGCAUUGAGAAUUGUCUGAUUUUUGCCAAAUGGGUUCACCCCACCGUGACAGGAUUCGCGAUAUCCAGCGAAAAUUAUUCGCUCAGUUCGCAGUGUCACCCGAUGUUGCCAAGCUGUAAUAUAGGGACCC